AUGGAUCUAAUGGAGGAGGGAAACGUGAGCUGUGGAGUUAAAAACUGUAGCACGCCAGGCUUCCAGGGAAACUGCUCCAACCAAGACUGUCAGGAGGAGGAAACAAUGUCUGGAUCAAUGAAGUUAGUGUGUUUGACUGUGAUUGUGGUUCCACUGAUAAUCUUCGGCGUUCUUGGAAACACACUGACCCUUCUGGUGGUUUGGCUUCGCCCACACAUGAGAAGCUCCGCCCACCUCUACCUGAGCAGCAUGGCUGUUAGUGACCUGCUGAUCCUCCUGCUGCUGGCUCUGCAACUAUUUGAGGUCUGGACACAGAAGUUAGGAGUCUUCGGCUAUAAGGUGACCAGGUUCCUCUCAGAGGGCUGCACCUUCUGCACCAUCCUCCACAUCACCUUUCUCUCCCUGGAGAGGUACCUGCUUGUCUGCUGGCCAAUCACCUCCAAGACACUGGUGACACGUUGCAGAACCUGGGCUCUGAUUGGCUGCCUCUGGGUGGGAGCGGCUGUCAGUGCAGCACCAUUUUUGGUCAUGAUGAACUCAUUCUCCUCAGGCCUCUGGUUGGCCACGUUGAUUAUCUCAAACCUGUAUGUCUUGGUACCCCUGUGCAUCCUGGGACUGGUCUACAUCCUGAUUGGACGGACUCUGAGGCUCCGUCCACAAAGAAGCCGUAAAGACAAGAGUCACCGACACGCAGUCAAGAUGCUGGGAGUGAUCUUCUUGGCCUUCGUCCUGUGCUGGCUGCCCUACAUCGUCUGUCUGAUCAUGAUCCAUGUUUCUCAGAGCACUCUUGCUGAAAGUCUACAAAUAUUUUACCUGGUCUCCUGGAUCCUCUCCCGCCUCAGUGCUGCCAUCAACCCUCUGGUGUACAACCUGAUGUCCGCCAGGCACACGUAA